CUGAUGGAUGGAGCGAGGGAUGAGUAUGAGGAACGAUUGAAAAAUGUUUUUGAGAGUUUUGACAGCAGAGGUUUAGGCUGUCUGUGUCCAGAGGAACUAACCGAUCUCUGUCACGCCCUUCAACUGGAGGAGAACACACUGAACACACUCGUACGCACACUGCUGCAGGACCAGCUCAGUGCACAGGUUGAUUUUGAGCAGUUUAAAGAUGUGCUGAUUCUUGUGUUAUCGAGCACAAAUACAAAUGAUCCACAGGAAUGUCCUGAACGACCAGAUUCCCCAGAAGUCCAGCCACGCUUUGUGAAGGGCAGUAAACGUUAUGGCCGCCGCUCUGCUCCAGAGUUCAUACACACACACACAGAUCCACACACACAGGCUGAAGAUGAGGAGGAAAAGGAUGAUGCUCAAGAGACUGAUGACAGGACUGUACCCAGGAAACAUGAGCGCUGGAAUGCUGAUUUGAGCAUUUCUGAAGAGUUUGAGGCAGAAGGUCAGAUGCACCUUUGGAACCCUGAUGAACCCAGCACACCACGUUACAAUGCAGUGCCACUCUGUGACUUGGAGGAGCAUUUGCAGAAUGCAUGUCGUGAACUCUCUCUACCAAUGAACGGCAUGGCCACACUCCAGCAGCUACACACAGUCUGCCAGCGUACUGGCAUAGAGGUGGGCGAGGAUGUGUUCCAGUGUGUUGAUGAAAGCAUGAUGGAUGUGCAGGAGUUUGUGUCAUACAUUAUAAACCGCAGUAAACCACCCACACCAUCAGCAUCUACUCCCUACAGACAAUUAAAGAGACUCCACUCCACUCAGUUUGAUGAGUCAGGCCGCAGAAUCUCAUGUGCCUUGAGCAGUACAAUCGGUCUGCAGCUUUUUUCAGUUUUGGAUGAUGGAUCAGGUUACGCUCCCACUGAAACUCUGCUCUACAGGUGGAUGGAAGAGGGAGUCGACAACAGCUCUGAGAUCCUGCAGGCUCUGGAUUUUAAUCUGGAAGGUAAUGUGAAUUUGUCUGAGCUGACUGUUGCUAUAGAGAAUGAACUGCUGAGCUCAAAGAACUCAAUCCACCAGGCGGCCCUAGUGAGCUUUAAGGCAGAAAUCAGACAUUUGCUUGAGUGUGUUGACCUGGAAAGACGUGAGAAGGAGAGAAUUCGUUCCGAUCUUGACAAAGCAGAGAAGCUCAAAUCUCAGCUGGCGUCUGAAGUGGAUGACCACCAUGCUGCUAUUGAGCGCAAUAAUGAACUCAAUCUCAGAAAGUUGGAGAAGGAAUAUAAAGAUAGUAUGAAUGCUCUGAGGAUGGAGCGAAGUAAAGAGGUGGAGCUUGUGCAGCAGCAUGCCAGUCAGCAACGAGAAGAGCUGGAAAAGGAAAUUGGCAAGAUGAGAGAAGAUGAAAACAUCCUACGAGAACACCUUACACUCAAUAUUAAAGAGAAUUGCCGUCUGGAAACCGAACUUCUCGAGAGCACAGAAAAACUGGUGAAGGCUGAAAACCAGAUUAACAAACUACAGAAAAACCUGGACAGUGUUUUGAAAGAGCGGUUUGGUGAUUUGGAUCCAGUCAGCGCGGAGUUCUACCAGCAAGAGGACCGUAUGAGACAGCUACGAGAGUACUAUGAGGAGCAGUGCAGGGAGUUGCAGGAUCAUAUAGAUGAGUUGGAAGCUCAGUUGGAGGAAUAUCAAACUUUAGGCAGCACCCCCACAACCCGUCCAGGACAGAGUUUGUCUGAUGAACUGGCUAGAAAAAGCCCAGACCCAGGUUCUCAGGAGCGACAUAUAUUAAACAUGAGUUUAGAGACAGAGAUGUUACUGGAGCAGCACCAAAGAGAGAUAGAAAACAUUCAGGCUAUGAUACAAGAAGAACAACGCAGCUCAGAAGAGGAAAGGAAUUGUCUUUCCCUGCAGCACCAAAAAGAGGUGCAGAUUUUGAGGGAGGAGAUGGCAAGAGAGCUAGAACGAGCAAACAAGCUGGAGCAGGAAUUGUCUGCCCUCCACACUCUCCACCAGCAUGAGCUCAGCUCUUUCACACAGAUGGCGCAGGACGCCAGGAGCCGUGCAGAGCAGCUGAAGGAGCAGGUGGGAGUUCUGGAGGAGAAACAGACUGCUUAUGAGGAGCAGAGCAGAGCGCAUGGAGAGGAGAUCAGCCUGAUAGAAUUGAAGCACCAGAAGGUGCUAGAGGCAAGUCUACAGGAGCAGAGAGAAAGACUGCAGGAAGAGAGGGAAAAAUGGGAGAUGAGGCUUACUGAGCACUGGAAACAAGCACAGGAGCAGUUGCAGAGGAGCCAUGAGGAGGUUCUAAGUGCUCAGUUUGAAGAGGUGCAGCAGAAAACAGAACAAGAGUGUUUUGAGAUGGAAAGGAGGCUCAGGGAGGAGUGGGAACGGGAGAGGCAGGAGUUGGAGGAGGUCAGUAAGGCGGCGCUGCAGGCUGUAAUAGAGGAGAGGAAAGAGAGCGAGAUGAGGCUCAGGCAGCAGUGGGAUGAGGAGCGUGCUUCAUUAGAGGAGAAGCAUCGUGCUGUUCUUAUGCAGCAUUUAGAGGAGGAGAGGGGACGCUUCUGUGCACAGCAGGAGGAGACUGAGAGCAUGAUGAUGGAGCACUGGGGUAGAGAGAGGGCUCAGCUAGAGAAAGAAAGUGAGGAGGUACUGCAAGCCUAUUUAAAGCUGGAAAGAGAGCAGCUGCAAGCAGAGAAAGAAGAACAAGAGUUGAGGUGGCAGCAGGUGCUGAAUGAAGAGCAAAAACGGAUGAAAGAGGCACACAGUGAGGCCAUGCAGGAGCUGAGCGCCAAACAUAGCAAAGAGAGAGAGAGACUCAGUGGCCUUCUGGAUAAAUUGAGCACUGACAUUGCAGAAGAGAGGAGUGAAGUAUGUCGUCUGGCUAAGGAAAACCUCAUUCUGAAGCACAAGAUCUCGAACGUGAGAGAGGAGGACCUGAGAGAGAACCAGGAGAACUUGAGACUUCAGCACAUCAAGCAGGGGAAAAGAACAGCACAAACGUUCCGUAGACAGCUCUCAGAGCCACGCCGUCUCGGACAGCAGCUGGAAGAAGAGAAUGUUUUAUUACAACAUACUUCAGAGCAUUUGUUUCGACAUACAGGCCAGGAAGUGAUGCGUCACAGCCCAGCCAAUGAAAUGAAUGGGUUCCAGCUGUUUGAUUGGGAGGAUUUUGUAUCCAGAUCAGAGAAGGAACUGCUUAGAGCUGAACUGCAUCGGUGCAUAGAAAAGGUGAUGUCACUGGACUCAUCUUUACAGAUGCUCACUCAGCAGAACGCUCAUCUUAAAUCUGACCUACGCAUCACACAACAAGAAAGAGAUGCCUUCAAACAGGAAGUGAUUUCACUACACAAACAAAUGCAAUCUGCUAAUGACAAGUUGUUGGAGGUCUCCGUUGUGUCUGCUGGUCAGCAGCAGGGGAGGCGUUUGUGGGCGGAGCUUUCAGGGCUGAUGGAGGCAGAGCAUGCCUCACUAAGAGAGAAGAACCAGCAACUCAAGCAACAGAUGAGUGAAAUUAGCUCAGAGCUCCAAACAGCAAAGGAGCAGAUCCGUCAGCUUGAGGCAUUGAGUAUGAAACAGAGAGGGUUGGUGAAAAGCGCAGAUCAAGAAAAAUCAGUCUUGAAACGUGAAAUGGAGGCUCUUCACACACAGCUGCUGUCAACACAGAACAAGGCUCAGCUGGCUGCAGUCUUGCCCUCAUCUCCACUACAGUUGCCAGGGGAACAGAGAAGACAGCACAAUAGUGAUGGCCCCAACUUCAACAUGAAGGACGAGCGGGAGGGGAUGCUGUUACAGAUGGAGGAGAGAUUGAGAGAGGUGGAGCUCAUGCUCAGAAACCUCAAACUAUUGCUACAGGAGAAAGUCACUCAGCUGAAAGAGCAGUUGACUAGGAACAGUGAAUCUGACGUGUUAAUUAAAGACCUGUAUGUGGAGAACGCUCAACUGCUCAAGGCCCUGGAGAAGACAGAGCAGCGGCAGAAAGUAGCAGAGAAAAAGAACUUCCUCCUGGAAGAGAAAAUUUCCAGCCUCAACAAGAUUGUCCGUGACCUGGGUCCUUCUCCGUUGACCUCUACGUCCUACCACUUUACACGCUCCUGAUUUGACACAGUUUUAUAAUUGAACAAACUCGCGUACUGAACUUCUUCAACUGUGCGCAACUCCAGGUUGCUCCGGGGGGAUUGUCCCUGUAAUAAGGGCUCUGUAAGUUGCUUUGGAUAAAAGCGUCUGCCAAAUGCAUAAAUGUAAACAUUAAAGGAAUGUUUCACCCAAAAAGGACAAAAACAACAACAACAAAAAACUCCAUAAAAGCAGUCCAUUUGAUCUGUGCUUUGCACUAUAUUUGAAUUCUUCUGAAGCCAUACAGUAUAUUUGUGUAAAGAAUGGACAGAAAUUGUAUUUAUUUGCUGAAAAUCUUCCCCUCUGCCCUAUCUCUCAAAUCUCAUUCACACUCAUUUUCAUCUCUGGGUGAACCAUCCCUGAAAGUCCAGCUAAAUGUUUAUUUGCUUUUAUAAUUUAUUAAUUGAUUAGGAAUUUAUAGAGGUGUUUAAAGGGAUAGUUUACCCAAAAAUUAUAAAUUCACUCAUUUCACCCUCAUGCUAUCCCAGAUGUAUAUGACUUUUUAUUCUGCAGAACACAAAUGAUUUUUAGAAGAAUAUCUCAGCUCUGUAGGUCCAUACAAUGCAACUGAAUCUUGUCCAGAAUUAUGAAUGUGAAAAAGCAUAUAAAGGCAGCAUAAAAGUAAUCCAUAAGACUACAUUGGUAAAAUCCAUAUUUUCACAAGUGAUCUGAUAGGUGUGGGAGGGAAAUAAAUCAAUAAUAAUAAACAAAUGUUUUACUCUUAAUCUCCACUUUCACUUCCACAUUCUUUUGUUUUUGCUGAUUUACAGUCUUCACAUACAUCGCCACCUUCUGUGAAGGAAGAAUUUAUCGUAAAAAAUGACUUUCUGAACCACACCUACAGUAUAUCACUUUCGAAGACAUGAAUUUAACCACUGGAGUCUUAUGGAUUACUUUUUUGCUGCCUCUGUGCUUUUUGGGGCUACAAAGUUCUGGCCAUCAUUCACUUCCAUGGACCUACAGAGCUGAGAUAUUCUGCUAAAAAUCUUAAUUUGUGUUCAGCAGAAGAAAGGAAGUCAUGCACAUCUGGGAUGUAAUACAAAUAUUUUUAAAUGGCCAAUGUCACUCUAUUUGUUCUGUUAAUUUUUGUUUGUUCUAGUGCAUUUUAUUUAGGUGGGAAUAUGUUAUAAACACUUUUACUUCAGUAUUAAGGAACUUUUGGUUCACAUUUUUUCGUAAUGUUGCUUCAGUUUCAGCAAGACCUUGUACUGUUUAUUUAUUUUAUGUACAUUUAUAUGCUGUAAUCAUGUAUUAUGAGCACUGUGAAUAUGAAUAAUAGGGAGCCUAUAAAAAUAUUUAUGUGGAGUGAAAGAAACUCAUGGUAACUAAACUAUAAUUUGUGCAUUAGAGGGGAAAUUGACUGGUUAUGCAGUUUCAUUUCAGUUGUCUAUUACCAUAGUGCUCUGUUUACGAGUUUGGAUACUUUGGAGAAAGCAUACAGAGAA